AUGAACGCCUCAGCAACAGUACGAGCGUCGUUUAUCCGCCAGGCGCGGAUGAGCAUAAUAGCUCCCAGCCCUAUACCCCUACACCCCCGUCCAGCUCAGGAUGAAAAACUCGAGGCGUUUGUCCAGGUCGACUACAUUGAGCACCGGAGGAGAUGUGACGAGGAGCGAGCCGCCGACACCGUCGUCUUUGAUGUAGAGAAGAACGCGGAAAUCAAGCAGAUACACAUCGAGAACACAUCCGAGCCACCGUCAGUCAUGGAUUGGGAGGAGGAGGGCACUGUCGGAACCCGGAUAAAGAAGAUGGUCACCAUCUUCCCCUACCGCGAUCCCAUCUACCUCGUUGCCAUUAUAUUCCUGCUUGGCUCCGUCGUUCUCACCGUGAACGCCUUCCUCGACCUUAUCCCCCGCGCCGCAAGGACCGUCAUAUCAGAGAGGGAGGAAGCCAUCGUGGUGCCCGCGACCAUCCUCGCAGGUUCCAUUCUCUUCUUCAUCGCAGGAGUCUUCGACACAUUUGGCGCACUAAACGCCGACCGCGGCACAAUUGGCACCACGAAACUCAAACCGGACAAGGUCGUGUACCGACCGGCCCUGCUUGGAACCCCGGAAUUCAAAUGGAUCCCCUCGUGGACUAAACUCUGGGAACUGACCAUGACGGAUCUUGCCUUCCAAGCCGGUCUCAUCGUCCUCUUUGGAGGUAUCAUCUUCAUGUUUGGCAGCAUCCUUGACUUCCCUGGUGUCGUGCCCGAGGAAAGCCCGCUGUAUGCAUCCAUUGUGUUUGGGCCGCAGGUCAUCCAUGGCCUGCUCUUCUUCAUCGCAAACGCCAUGCUGGCGUACUCGAUGCAGGACUGCUGGUACAAGCCAAAGUACCUGGACGCGGAUUGGCAGAGCUCCGUUCUCAACACGAUUGGUGGGUUUUCCUUUAUGCUGGCGGGACUGUUCUUGUUUCAGAGGGACGACACAAUUGAUGGUGGGGAACUCAAGUCCGCCAGCGCUGCCUUGGUUGGCAGUUGGGCCUUUUUGAUUGGCAGCAUCAUUCGCUGGUAUGUUGUGCUUGAGGUCUGGUAG